UUCAUGAAGCGUUAGGUUUUAUAUUUUGUAAUCAAAUUAGGCUUUGAUAACUAGAACAUGGGUGUUCCCAAGUUUUAUCGAUGGAUCAGUGAAAGAUAUCCAUGCCUCAGUGAAGUGGUGAAAGAAUAUCAGGUUCCAGAGUUUGACAAUCUGUAUUUGGAUAUGAAUGGUAUCAUUCAUGUUUGUUCACAUCCAAAUGAUGAUGAUCCUCAUUUUCGAAUUACCGAAGAGCAAAUCUUUAAAGAUAUAUUUCACUAUAUAGAGGUUUUAUUUCGUAUUGUUCGUCCAAGAAAAGUGUUUUUCAUGGCAGUCGAUGGUGUCGCUCCACGUGCAAAAAUGAACCAACAAAGAGGCAGAAGAUUUAGAUCAGCCAAAGAAGCAGAAGAAAAUAUUCAAAAGGCAUUGAAAAAGGGUGAAGUCCUACCUGAUGCCAAAAGAUUUGAUUCAAAUUGCAUUACACCUGGUACUAAAUUUAUGGUUAAACUUCAAGAGCAACUUGAAUAUAUGGUGAAGAGCAAAGUGACUACAGACCCAGCAUGGCAAGGGAUCAGGAUUUAUCUGUCUGGUCAUGAGACGCCAGGAGAAGGAGAACACAAGAUCACUGAAUUUAUAAGACAUGAACGCAUGCAAUCUCACUAUGAUCCAAAUACAAGACAUUGUUUAUAUGGACUUGACGCUGAUCUGAUGAUGUUAGGGUUGUGUUCACAUGAACCUCAUUUUUCACUACUCAGGGAAGAAGUUCGUUUCACAGGUAAAAAGAAUAAAAAUGCAAGAACUCCUAAACCAGAAGAAACAACUUUUCAUUUAUUGCACUUGUCACUGAUGAGAGAAUAUAUUGAUCAUGAGUUUGAAAUUUUAAAGAAAUCAAUUCCUUUUAAAUAUGAUCUUGAAGCUGUCAUAGAUGACUGGGUUCUUAUGGGAUUUCUUGUUGGAAACGAUUUUAUACCUCAUUUACCUCAUCUUCAUAUUGCACAUAAUGCCUUACCAAUGUUAUACAAAACGUACAAGGAAGUUUUGCCUACUCUAGAUGGAUAUUUAAAUGAAGGUGGAGUUGUCAAUUUAGCGAGGUUUGGAAAGUAUCUGGAGACUUUAGCUAAGUUUGAUCUAGAGAAGUUCGAAGAACACUAUGCAGAUUUCAAGUGGUUGGAGUCUAAAACGGGAAAAAAGAAAUCGGGAAAGCAACCCCAAAAUGACGUUCGAACUCCGAAAAAGACGAAAAAAUCAGAUAUGGAUUUUAAUUCAUUUGAUUCUUUUGAAGAAGGAAGCAGCAGUAGUAGCAGAGAUAUGAUGUUGGAACGGAAAUCAAUUGAAGUUGUCAAAGAACUUUCAGUUUCACAAGGACUAAUAACUGAAGAGUAUGACGUUGAAGCAGUUGGUCAAGAAGAAGAUUCUACUUUUGAUGUUGAAUUUAAGUUAUUCAAAAGAAAUUACUAUCAGGAAAAGUUGCACUUCGAGGGCACGGAUGGAGAAGUUGCUAAAAUUGCAUACGAGUAUAUUCUUGCUAUUCAAUGGAUUUGUCAUUAUUAUUACAAUGGAGUGCAAUCAUGGAGUUGGUAUUAUCCUUAUCACUAUGCACCAUUUCUAUCUGAUCUUCGAAAUCUAAGUCAAAUGAAAUUGAAGUAUGAAAUGGAAAAACCUUUCUUUCCUUAUCAACAACUGCUCGCUGUAUUACCCGCUGCUAGUAAAGAGUGCCUGCCUGAACCAUACUGGGAUCUCAUGUGCAGUGAACAUUCACCAAUCAUAGAUUAUUAUCCUCUUGAUUUUACUUGUGAUUUGAAUGGAAAACAACAGGAAUGGGAAGCUGUUGUACUUAUACCAUUUAUAAAUGAGGAGAGACUACUAUCUGCGAUGGAGCCAUGUUUGAAAAAACUUAAUAAAGCUGAAAAGGAAAGAAAUCAGCAUUCUGGCUGCCAGUUAUAUACAUUUGAUGACAAUCUGGAUUUUUAUGUUAAAUCAUCUCUCGCAGGACAUUUUCCCAAUAUUGCACAUUGCAAAACAAAGUUGGAAUUAAUUCCACUUCACUCUUGGAGUACAGCUGAUAUUUCACAAUUUAUUAAAGGUGUUAUACCUGGAUGUAGAUUAUCUGUUUAUUAUCCUGGAUUCCCAACACUGUAUCAUCUACCACACAGCUCAAAGUUAGAGAAAAGAAGUGUUAAAGUUUUUCAAAUGCCCAGUAGAAACGAGAACAUGAUUUUGAAGGUUUUAUCACCUGGCCACUAUGAAGAUGAUAUUGAAAAUCCAACUUAUAAGGAAGGAGAGAGUGUUGAUGAUGUUGCAAAAAAUUUAUUGGGAACAUCCGUAUAUGUGAACUGGCCUCAUAUGGAAGAAGCAAAAGUUGUUGGUGUUUCUGAUGGAAAUAUAAAGUAUGAAGUGACAGAGCAUAUUCAUGCCACAGGAACAAAAGGUUCAAAACAUAAAAUGCAGAGGAGAAUGAUGUCGAAAGAGGAACAGCAAAUCUUUUUACAAGACCUUGAUUCAUUAUCUGAAAGUUAUAUUGGUAGAAGAGGAAUAGAUGUUGGCGAAACUGAAUUUUUGGUCUAUGCACAACCUUUAUUAGGCAGGAAAUAUGUUUGCGGAGAGCAAGGCCAAAUUACAUUGGAAAAACAAUGGGCCACAAAACCAAAAGCCUAUGCAUUACAAGCCACUGUGAAGGAUAUUUCUGUGAAAGAUCCAACCUUUCAACAAUUCAAAGGAGUAGAUGAAUUAUUUCCUGCUGGAUCCACUGUAUUUAUGUUGGGACAACCACACUAUGGAUGCAGAGGGAAGGUUCUUGAGGUUAGUCAAGGAAUGGCUAGCAUUGAAUUUGAAACCCCUGCUGAACCAGAUAUUGAAUCAGUGAUUCGUCAGAGACAUAAACUUUCAUCAUCAUAUUAUCCAGGAUGGGAACUUGGAUCUCGUCUUGGAGUAUCAAGUUAUCUCAUCUCUCGUAUCACUGGAACAAUUUUUGUCUUCUAUCCUGCCAACAGAAAAUGGCAAAUUGGACUCAGUCUUAGGUUUUCUAAAGAUAAUUGUGGAAUUGCUGGUUACACACGACUGGAUAAUAGAGAAUGGAGAUAUUCCGAGGCAGUUGACAAAGUUCUUCGACAGUACAUGAAAAAUUUUCCAGAAGUGUUGACAUAUCUUCAAACUGCCAUAAAAAGAAACGAGAAUGAGUUUGAUGCAGCAAAAAUGGUUGGCAUGGAUGAGGAAGCUGAUAUUAUCGCCAGGCUUCAAGAACUGAGUACCUGGCUCAAGAAUUUAGACUGUUACCAUGGAGACAAGGUCAAUGAACACUCCGAUAUGCUUGAAGUAAAAGUUGUCAACGUUGUGGCUGAUAAAGUAGAAGAAGCCAAGAAAAAGAAAGCGGAUAAAAAAGUUCAGAUAACUCUUCGACCUCAUGUAUUAUACCGACCUCUAGUUCAUCAAGGUACUUUAAUACCUGACAAUUCGGCACAACAUCGUCUGUUGGACAGAAUUGUAAAUGUCAGGGAUGGCUACACUGUCCCACUUGGUUUACGAGGUACAAUUAUUGGCAUCCAUAAGCAGCCAGGACAAGAUGCUUUGUUUGACGUCAUCUUUGACGAAGAAUUCCUUGGAGGAUUGGAGUUUGGUGGCAGAUGUCCUAAACGACGAGGAUACAGGAUGCCAGAAUGUGCGAUGGUUAAUAUUUCUCAUGGAGGGAGAAUCUCAUCAAGAGAUCACAAACCAAUGGCUGUUGUGAGGCCUCACAAUAAGCAGUUUACAAAACAGGCUUGGCAAUCAAAUGCUCAGAAUCUGGAUUAUCCUCAAAGAAAUCAACGUUCUUCUAACACAAGAGAUCACAGUCCAAGAUAUUUACGAUCAAGCAAUGAAACAAGAACUCAAUCCCAGCACAACAAUAGAGAGUUCCAAAGGCCAGUUUCCACGAGUAAGGUUCAGCAAGGAAUGAAUCGACCAACAAUUAUGCAAAGACCAAAUGCAAAUACAGGUGGAAAACAAGAUGCCAGACAUGCCAAGGGGAAUCAACAGCAAGGAGACAUAUUUCAUACAUUAUGGAAUACCUUAAAAGAACAAAAUAAGAAUCCCAAUGUGUCAAAAACCUCUGCUACAACUGCAAGCUCAAAAUCAAAAGGUUCUGCCACAAACUCGCAGCCUAAUUUGAAUGAUAAAGCCGUGCCAAACAUCACAGCACCCAACGCCAAAGAACUGAAAAAUAUUCAAGGAAAAAAUGGCAAUAUCACAUCCCUAAUGCAAGCUGCGAAGUCAUUACCACAGGUGCAACCAGACUCGGUAAAAUCUAAAUCUACAAGUGAAGAAACUACCAAGAAAAGUACUAUUACAACGACUGCCAAUGUCCAAUCUGACAAAAGAAAUACUAAAUUACAGCAUUCAACUACGCUGACAACUACUGUCACUCAGUCUACAUCAACACCAGGAGCAGACGGGGUUGAUCAUCUCAAUAAACUUUUCAAAUCUAUCAAAGUUCCUCACCCAAAUGCCCCGCCUUUUAUCCCAAAACUCGCUUUUACACCCACUCAGCCUUUUCCACAGGAUCAAAACCCCAGGAACCAUACCCAAGCUCAACAGUCAUCCGCAAGCAAUACUAUCCCACAACCUCAAGCCCCACCAUUUGUACCAUCACGGGGUUGGUACCCACACUAUUCAGGUGCCCCAAUAAAUCAACCACCUCCCUCCCAUUUCCCCCCUGGUAUACCACCAUAUCGCCAAAGAGGACCGCCACCACAACAGCAAUUUCUAAGAGGAUAUCCUGGGCCUUUUAAUGCCAGACCCAUGACGCGUAACUUCAGAAUGCAAAUGCAACAACCACCAUUCUUUCCAUGGCCCGGUCAGCCAGGUGCACCUACACAAGAUUGGAGACAGACAGAGGCAGCAAUGUCCGUUGCAAGAAACUAUGAAGAGGGAACCCAAAAACUAUGUGAGAUGUUAAAUAAAGAAAACGAAGAUGCCUCUUCUUCAAAAUGGUCAACAGGAGAAGAAGAAGAUAAACUCACAAAACGAAAUAUGGCCGAAGAAACAUUGAAAAAUAAAGAUGAAAACGAGAUUAUUAAUAAAUUUGAUAGCAUAUCAAUCAAAGAAGAAACGUCGGAUGUUGAUUCAGUAAAAGAUGAUGAAGAAUAUAUGGAACGAUCAACUUCUGUUGAAGAUAAUUCAGUCGUGAAGAAACAGACCAAAGUGGAUGAACUAAUUUCAAUGUGUACGAAGUGUAGCAUGCUUCCGCCUAUCUACACAUACUUCACCACCGGCGAUGAACAAGUUGUAUCUACAGUUCAACUUUGGAAUGGAGUAAGAUUCAGUUCUCAUGCACAACUUACGAGAGAUAAAGCAAUGGAAGAAGCAGCAGGACAAGCUAUUGGAUAUUUGAAAAAUGAACAAAGAGACAAACGACCUGUGAGCACAAGUCCACCAUCAACAGUUCCAUAUUAUCUACCGGUACAAAAUCUUCUUCCUCCACAGUACUAUCAGACGCAUGCUGCAUAUGGAACACCGGUAUCUUAUGCCACUACUGCACCUCAAACGUUUUUUCUUCCUUCCGUUCCAUACACGAUGAUUCAACAACCACCCGUGGUUACUAUACCCCCUGAGUAUCAACAUGCUGCCUACUUGCAACAAUACAGGUUUGAUCAAGCAGCUCAAUACAGUCCAUACCAUCAGCACUAUCCAACUGUCCGAGUACAGAUCAGCCCCAGUCACCAACAAAGGUAUCACCAUCAUUCACCUGGAGCAAAACCUGUUUUAUGGACCGGUUUACAACAUGACCCUUAUCAGGUUCAAGAAAAAUUGUCUUCGCAAAGGAAAACAACGGAAUAUAAACUUCUAGAUAAACCACCAAGUCCAGUUGACUCAAAUCAGACAAAGGAGUCCAUAUCAGAGCAAGAGACAUUGGAAAAGACACCAGAAACAUCAUCAGAAUCUGAAAAGACAACGCCGAACAAAUCGCGUCCUGGAUCUGCAAUGAAAAAGCAAACUGCAGCCAAACCAAAACUGGCGAUUUCUUUCAAUAAAAAUCAAAGCUCAUAAUUAAAUUGUGUUUUUUUCUACCAAAAACAUACGGUUUUGUAAUAUUAAUUUAUUCUCAGUUGUAAAUAUUAUUUACUCAAUGUAUUAACUAUACGGGGACUUAUUUAUUAUGUAUUAAUCAGAAAAAAACUACUCUCUUUAAACUGUACAAAUUUUACAUAACAGUUGUACUUGAGAACAUAUAUUCAUGCUACAUAUAUAUCCUAAAAAUCUCAUGAGUUAAUCUAACAUCCGGCCAAGCAACUGUGCAUCAUAUUCCACUUGCAUGUCAACAGUACUCCAGUAUUAUCCAGGUUGUGAAUCCUUUUUUAAAUUGUUUUGAGGCAUCUUUUCGUGAUUGGUAACUCACUUCCAGUAUUGGUGUGAAUAUUUCAGGCAAGGUGUAUGCAUUUUAAUGUGAAUCAAAGUGUUUACUUUUUUAACUCACUAUAUGAAUCUUCCUUUCUGCUGGAAUUAUAUAAACGACUCCAUGUCUGAAUUAACUAUACUUAUCUCCCACUUAUUGAAACUUAUUGAUUCUCAUCUGCCUUCUGUACAAUUGAGAUUAAGUUGAUAUGUUUCCACAAAUAGAGUACGGUUUGGUAUGGUGAAGUAAAUUCGCUUCUAUAUGAUAACUUUGUAAAUAGUUUUAUUUGGGUAAGCUUGUAUAGUUGUAUUAUGUAUUUUGGUGUAGUGUGUGUAUCCUGUAUUUUACUAACUCUUAUUUAAUUCCAUUUUAUAUCCAAGAAUUAUAAGCUUGCAACUGUAAUCGUUCUCGCGUAGCAUAGUCGGUGAAAUCUUUCUACUUCCUUUGAAAUAAAUUUGUAGAUCUGCGACCUCUGGUGUCGGUUUGUUUCAUUCGAUGAUUCAAGGUCAUCCAUGGGUUAUAAGAACGUCGUGUAGGAGUAGAUGGAGAAUAUUGUAUAUGGUUAAGCUAUUUUCAGAUCUUUUUUCAAAUUCGUGCUGUCUCUUUGUAAUUCUUCUUUUUAACUUGAACGAACUCCCAUCCCUUUUCACCGCAAAAUAAACUGGAGAUUCUUUUA